UUUAGAUUGAAUAUGCUCCCAUUCGCCAUCUUCGCUGCUUUUUGCGCCUUUGUGUCUGCUACUAGAGAUCCAAGGUUAGUUGAUGGGGCUUUGAUCAUUGAGUUCGCCGACAAUACAGCAGAAGGCAGCAUCGGUCCGGAGGACUUCGAUCAGCAUGCAGAAUUUCAUAAACACGCAAUCUUACUACCCCUCAACUACACGAUAGCGCAUGAAUAUCGCUCACCAGGCAUGUACAACGGCCUAUCGAUUCGAAUCUCUGAAGAUGGCGAUUCGGAAGCCAUUUCAUCCAGACUUGGCAGAAUUCCCGGAGUCUUAUCGGUGAGCCCUGUCUACGAGAUGUUCCUGUCGGAUCCAGGCAUUCCAGGUGACUGGCCUACUUCAGGGAAUCCUCUCCGAUCGUACGAAGAUCCGCUUGAAAUGCCUAUAGUAUCACCAAAACCAGAUGGAAAACUCGUCUCAACCCUUGAAAUGGCUGGUGUGGAUAAACUUCAUCAACUCGGAAUCAAGGGCAAGGAUGUGAAGGUAGGUAUUAUUGAUACUGGCGUCGAUUAUCGUCAUCCGGCACUGGGUGGCGGCGUCGGCCCUGGAUUCAAGAUCGCCGGAGGCUGGUCUUGGCUGGCCGACAAUGGAACUGCCGUCGAGGACGAUAACUUCCUCGCUACAUGUUAUGGCGGUGGUCAUGGAACACAUGUUGCCGGGAUUGUCGGUAUGAAUCCACUUUCGGAUGGAAACAGAACAUUGAACAUAUCCGGUGUUGCGCCCGAAGCGACAUUGUACAUCUACAGAGUGUUUGACUGUUCCACUAAUGGAGAGACGACAGACCGCGUUAUGGCGGCGAUGCUUCGGGCGCAGGUGGAUGGCGUAGAUGUCAUAAGCAUGUCGCUGAGCAUCCAAGAGUCAUGGCAAGAUCGAGAUGAUCCAUUGAUGAAAGUCGCCUCACGACUCGUGGAUGCAGGUAUUGCUGUUAUUGUUGCCCAAGGAAAUUCUGGAUCUGGCAGCAAGUAUGAUCCCCAGCUGUAUCGCACCGCGACGCCUGCUGAGCUCCCAGCUGUAAUAUCAGUCGGCUCGGUCGCGAGCAAAACCUUCCCUCUCGUCUACACGCUCACGGACUCUCAAGGUGAUACUAUCCAUUAUGCAUCGUUGUGGCCCAUCGAAUUUCCGGAUGGUUUAGGGAUCUACCUACUCGACAAUGGAUGCUCUGGCUCUAGCGACUGGGACGAGGUAAUUUCGCUUUUAGGGAACCAAGGAAAACUUAACUCGACUGUCGUCGCUUUUCCAAUAACUGAUAGUUGUCGCUAUACCGGCGCGAGAAGUUGUUGCUCGAAAUCUAAUCCACCUUUCAUAAUGGGACUUCAUGCAGAUACAUCGAACCCCUAUAAUGUGGACUACGAGAUGGCGUCUACAGGUUUCUUCGGCGACGGUUCUGUUCAAUACAUAGCCGUUAACGCGAAUGAUAGCAAGGUUAUCCUUGCGAAUAUGAAUACAACAGGGCCAGAUCAGUACAAAUUAUAUUUCAACGACUCUUCGUAUUCAAGUCCUCCACGAUUCGUCGGUGGCAAGAUGGACUAUUACUCGAGCUUUGGACCUAUCUACUUGAGCUACGACCUGAAACCUCAAAUUUCAGCACCUGGUGGCGAAAUUCUUUCGACCUGGCCACUAGGAGAUCAAGGCUACUACACCAUCCUUUCAGGCACUUCCAUGGCAACUCCGUUCAUAAGCGGAUGCUAUGCUCUGGUCAAAUCCCAGUUCCCCGAAUUAUCUGUCGCGGAAAUCCUAUCACUUUUACAGUCAACUUCGAGUCCAAUCACAUGGGUAUGGAAUGAUACAAUGAUAGCGGGAACAUUCCAGCAAGGGGCCGGGUUGGUGAACGUUUACAAAGCCGUAACGUACCAAAGUCGCGUGCUCCCAGGGCAGCUUCUCGUGGGUGACAACUCUCGCACUGAGUAUGGCGCAGUAAACAUCACCAUUGAAAACAACUCCAAUGUUUCGAAGAUAUACGCGUUAUCCCACGAAGGGGCAUCCUACUCCGAACCAAACCCGCCUAACAACCCUAUCUUCUCACAAGAGAACCAGCUUCCGAUCUACGGAUCCGCGGAGUUUGAGUCGCCGACAGUACAAGUCGCAGCAGGAGAGUCUGCUGUCGUCUCAUUCAAAAUCCUGCCUCCCAGCUCCGGCGUGAAGCCCGAACGUCAGCCCGUCUUCGGCGGCUUCAUAAAAGUGACCAGCGGUGAUGAAGAGUUCAGCGUACCUUACUCAGGGGCCCCCUUUUCUCUGUACAACGCUGCUUAUUUCCACAUCGUGAACACAUCCGACAACGUACAGCCAUCGCUAUCAUAUAAAUUCGCCGAUGAUUGGGUGAUUGACAGGGGUCUAUUCGAAGUGAACUCGUCGCUGUCGUACCGCUCGCUCAUCGGCCGUGACCAGUUUACAAGAGGGUACCGCAUUGACCUAGUCCCGGCGAACAUCAGCAUCACGCCCGACCUGUACGGGUUCAAUCCAACUGAGACUUAUGAGUACCGGCCAUCGACAAUGGCUCCACCAACGGAAGUAUUCGGGCUGCCGUCUUAUGGAAUCCUUGCUAAUUCCACCGAGCUUCUGUCGCCAUCGACGUUCAACUGGCCCUCCGGAACGGGGGUCACCGCGACUUUGCCUAACGGAACUGAGUACUCGCCCGGCCUGGGCGACUACCGCUGGCUUGCUAGCGUGCUGCGGUGGGGCGGCGAUCCGGAACUCCUUGAGGACCAUGAGACUUGGCUGUCGGCGGUCAUUAGGCUUGUUGAUGGGCCAGUAAGUGCGCCUCCUGGUGGUUCAAAGGAUGAUAUUCCUGGUUAAUGGGAAUUAAUAUUUUCGCACAACUCUCAAUUACAUGAUGCUUUAAAUAGAUUUUUCUAGGUAGUAGUUGGUAGUGUUCAUCAUAUACUUUCACUACCUACCUAGGUAUGAUAUAUCCAUUUCUACC